UGUUUUGUAUCCAGGAGCUUUGGUAAAAUUCCUUGUCUAGAUGCCAUUAAACAGAGACUAAUACAGGAGGGAAAUACGUCAUAUUAGUUCGUCGGCAAUGACAGCCUUGCCUUCGGCAGGGACCCGCAUGCCUGGGCUGUCCCCACAGCACCCCCAGCCUGGGCAGCUCACCCAGGGCACCCCAGCCCAGCUACAGUCCGCUCUGCCCCCCCAGGCAGCGAUGCGUGAGAUCUCUCCCGUGUUCCUCUGCCGGAUCGGCCAGGAAACAGUCCAGGACAUUGUGAUGCGCACCAUGGAGAUCUUUCAGAUCACCAGGGCGACGCAGUUGCCCAACGGCGUGACUCAGAGCCAUGCGGUGUACCAGGAGCGCUUCAACAAGCUGCAGGAGCACCUGCGCCAGCUGGCUCUGCUCUUCCGCAAGCUGCGCCUGCUCUACGAGCGCUGCAUGGAGAUGACCUCUGACCUCCACGAGACGCCCAGCGAGCUCAUCCCUUACACCAGUGCGGAGGUAAGCAUAGUGCCUGUGGAGCCCUGUAGCAUUGCUGUUACCCAGGAGCGUCAAGAAAUAAGUGAGAAGGUCAAGCAGAAGAACCAAGAGAUGAAGGUGCUGAUGGACCAGAUGAGAAACCUGCUGUGGGACAUCAAUGCCAUGCUGACCCUGAGGAAGUAACCUGAGGCCUGGAACAGCUGGAUGUGGUUUUAUGCUCUCUUUCCCGUACAAACAUUUUCCCAGUGUUGUUUCCUAAUUGCCCCUUUAAAGCAUUUGAUGUGGACGGGUAUCACAAACGAAAAACUUUAUUAUAACAUGUUGAUUGCACAAGAAGAUCACCUGCCACAUUAAAUGCAUAUGCUUUUUUCACCAAAAGUAAUAAUAAAGUGUAAUUAAAGGUUUGACUAUUUCAUUGCGUAUUUACAUAUUGGAUUUAUAUUUAUCUGAUAAUUGGAUUCCAUUGAAAAUGAUACGUUUUUCAUCAUGGGUGGCAGUUGCCACUGUUAAGUAAAUAGUAAAUGUGAUUAGCAAUUGUGCAUGUUUCCAAUAUUAGGAAAUCUGUAUCUUUUUUUUUUAUUUCUUAUAGUGAGAUGAUUGAUGUUCUUGCAUUCAGGCAUCUAAAUUGGCAGGUUCCACUGUGCUGUUUCAUCCAUCAUAUAUCAAUUACACAUUUAUGUCUGUUUCAAGCAAUAUGUUAUCUGUUUUUAUGUUAACAUAACAUAAAGAAAAAAUCUGGAAAUAAUAAUGAGACAAAGAAAAUAAUCUCCCAUUAGUCACCAUCUUCCUUAACGUAUUCCUAACCAGCCACUGUUAAUUUAAGCUUUGACUACAAUACCAACUUUCCUUGAACUGAACUAUUAAACUUCAACCACUAAACAAUAGACACUAUUCUGUGACAACAUAGGAACCUUGCUCUUUGAGAGCAAUCCGUUUGGUUUUGAUGGAAGGUGAGAUUAUUUUUUUUGUAGGGAUGGUUUUUUUUUUGUUUAAUCUUUUCUUUAAUUUUAGAUAUGAAGCAAAGGAGUAGGCUUUUGUGUUGAAACCCUUGACCUGUUUGGAUUUUUUAAAUUCAAUCAUUGAAAAGGCAAAAAUAACAUCUGCUGUUAUUAAGAGGUGAGAUUUGGUCUUCAGAAUUGGCAGUUCCUAAUCUGGUGAGUAGAAUUUAAAAAAAUACAUAAAUCUUUUAAGAUGUAUGCCGAUGUCAUUUCUGUGCUGAGCUCCAGAAUUAAAUACAGAGUUAAAGACGUAAUUAGAAAGUACAACUGUUUAUUGUGAUUCCUGAUAAGAAAUUGUAAUUGUAAGCUUUAAUUCACAACAGCAUAAAGGACUGUUCUGGUUUUGCAUUGUCCUUCUUGUACUUCUAAACUGCUUGGCAUAAUUAUAAACUAUUGAAUCUGUAAAAUAGAAUCUUUCUGUAUUUUUUUACUGAAAUAAAUUGGAAUAUCCUUUGUAUCUUU